UUGGCGCCCAAAGUAAGCAAGCGUCUUGAUAGAUUACUGAGUUUAUAGGAAUAAACAUGACCAACCGCCUGGAAACCAAGUACGAAAAUCUGAGCAGCAUCUUCCUGCUGAAGGGACAUGACUACCAAAAGCAGUUCUGUCACCUGUACGCCCACCGCCUGGCCGAGAUGACGCGCCUUUUGACGCCGCUGGCCCAAAAGAAGUGGGGCAACAAGGAGCCCAUCAAGAAGCUAUGCGAGCUGAGGGGUGAACAGGACGUACACUGCAUUCUGAUAGGCACCAUAUUCAAGCAUCAGGCACACAAGCCCAGCAUUCUGCGAGACAUAUCCGAGGAAAACCAAUUGGCGCCUCAGCCUCCACGACAGAAUUACUCGGAUCCGGAGGACAAGAUUGUAUUAGAAGACGAACUACAGCGUGUGCGACUCCAGGGCGAAGUGAAAGGCCAGCUUAUAGCCACCGGAGUUGUGUGUGCCGCCCUUGGAGGUACAGACAGCGAGGGAUUCUUUAACGUGGAGGAAAUUCUCUUCUACGAAAGUGGACCGCAAAAGCCAUUGGCUACUGUUAAACAGAGUCGCCUAUUGGUUCUCGUCUCGGGAUUGGAUCAACUGCAAGCCCACAACUUCGUGGAGCCCCUGAAUCUCUUUCAGUACUGGCUAGCUGGUAGUCUAGGCAACGGAAAGGAAGCUGGAUCCAUAGUGCGUCUUAUAGUGGCUGGAAACUCUGUGAGGGCCACUGCCGUAGCCCAUGUUCCCACACUCCAGGUGGCUCGGACCCAAGCAAAUGCCAACGAUACUGUCCAGGCCGUAACCCAACUGGACCAGUGGUUUGCCUCGUGGGCACGCAGUCUGCCCGUAGACAUAAUGCCUGGAGCAUACGACCCAGCCAACUUCAUGCUGCCUCAGCAGCCGUUCCAUAAAUGCAUGUUCCCGCAGGCCGCUCAACUAACCUCCUUCCAGUCGGUGACCAAUCCCUACAAUUGCCGACUAGACGAUGCGUUGGUGGUGGGCACCUCAGGCCAGAACGUGUCAGAUCUGCUUCGCAGCACUUCCCUGGACUCCUCCCUAGAGGCCCUGCGAUGCACCCUCACCUGGGGUCACAUUGCCCCUACUGCACCGGACACUCUGGCCUGCUACCCGUACAUCGACAGCGACCCGUUCAUUUUGCGCGACUGUCCGCACGUGUACUUUGCCGGCAACUGCGAGUCCUUUGGGACGGAGCUGCACGAGGGCUCCCAGGGUAAACGGACACGCCUGGUGUGCGUACCCAGCUUCAGCCGGACGCAGAGCGUGGCCGUAGUUGAUCUAGACACGUUGGACUGCCGUCAGGUCAACUUCAGCGUAGAUACGGAAUGAGAUAUUCCAUUAAUAAAAUUACACUGUUAAGUCUUGAGAA